AUGCUAUCAUUGUUGGGGGAAGUAGCGUGUUCAUCAAGCCGUUUGGUAGGACGAGGCACAAAUGUGAUUUCUCGACGAUCUCUCCCCAAACAUGUACAUUUGCCGAGAUAUCUAUGGGACAUGGAAGAUCUAAAAGAAAAGACCGGCGGCGAGUACACACAUAAACCUCUCCAAAUCAAUCGGCUUGGUGGACGACAUCCAGAGACUGGACGAAAAAUCAAUCAGCACAUUGGAGGAGGAUACAAAUUUGAUUAUUUUCUUAUCGAUUUCCAUCGACGUGGUCCAACGACGGAGGGAGAUUUUUAUGAAGAACGUGUACUAGAAGUUCGACGUGAUGCUAAUCGAUCAUCACAUAUCGCUUUUGUGGCGGGCGCCAAUGGUAAACGAUGGAUUCUCGCAACGGAAAAUAUGAAAGCCGGUCAAAUAAUCACCACCACUUGUCAUAUGGCAGCAAAUCCUUUGAUCGGAAAAGAGGGAUGUGCUUAUCCACUUGGAUCUCUUGCCAUUGGAACAUUAAUUAAUAGCAUUGAAAGAUAUCCGACAAUGGAUAGCGAAGCAUUUGUUCAAGUUGCCGGUCAAUCCGCUACCAUUGUUCGACAUCAAGGCGAAUUUACGAUUGUUAAGAUGCCCUAUAAGCACGAAUACUCGUUUCAUAGAGAGUGUAUGGCAACAGUCGGACGGUUAUCGCAUGCCGACUUUCACGACAAAAUAUUUGGAAGCGCUCAAAUGCAUCGUCGAUUUGGAUACAAAAUGUCGAGUGGUCUUUUUCAUAAAAAGGAUGGAUACUGUGGAAGACGGGUUCGCCCCUUACCACCAGUUCGUGUCUUCGAUACUCCCGCCGAGCCAGAGCCAGAAAAUCAGAAGUUCACACUAACGAAAUCGCAAUUAUCCGGUUUACAAGGACACGCAAAGGUUCACAAUUUACUGCCAUCAGGAUAUAGUGGAAGACCGUAUCCAGAU